UCAGACUCAAUAUGUGUCAUACAACAGAAGCAACCGCAAACUGAGGUGAAUUUAAAAAUUACAUAUAUUUUCAAUUUGUGAUUUAUCUUCAUGCUCCUGCUCAUUUUUUUAAAAUGUCACCAUUGGCUGUAAAUCAUCGCUGGAUGCUUGUUUUGAAGAUUUUUGUUCUCUUUGUAAUUUUGCUUCUGAACCACUUUUGUAAAGCUUCUGGCACCAAAAAAAAACACAGUCUCAAAAACAUACUUUUUCUCAGUGUGGAAGAAAUUCCAAUUGAUCCUCAUUUUCCAUCAGAUGUUGUCUUUAAAGAAGAAAACGGAACUCACCUUUGUUUUAACAUUCAGGCAAACCAGUCUAAUGCGGGUUGUUGUGGCAUUGAAGAUUUCGUCUGUAGCACCAAUAUAGUUCGGCUCAAUGUCAGCACUUACAGCCUGACUGUCAGUAGAGAAAUUCUACUCAAGCACGACAUUGUUGUGUUACUGAACCCAAUGAGCAAUUUUUCAUGCAUGCUCUCAAAGCUCCACAACUCAACAGAAUUCAUUCUCGAUCUUCAUACUUGUUUGAAGCCAGGUGGCAGGAACAUUAGAAUCACUCUGGAUCAUCUAUACCAAAAUCAAUAUAAUGAUGCACAGACUUGUGAAGAUAGUGAUAAGUACAUGUUCAAGUUUGGAUCUAAAAUAACAUCCAUUGUGAAAAUCAUAUCUUGUGAAACGUCAGACUCAGCUGGGAUUCAGCAGCCGCUGAAUCUAACUUUUCCGUACUCAAACAAUGUCAUGACUCUACAGGAAGCAGUAACUAUUAUGAAUAAUUUCAGUUUCUACCAGGAUCAGAUGGGAGCUUUCAGAACAGCUUUCAUCAAAAUAGGCAAUGUCACUGGGGCAAUCACUAAACUGCAACCACAAGAUCAAAGCCAAACUGCGUUCAACUUUGGCUUCACAGCAAGUGGGGAUGUGGAAAUUCUGAAGGAAAGGAACAAUGUGGAUAUGGACCUUGAUGUACAGAUUCAGUUCUCUAAUAAUGCCAGUGAAAUGGCAGUAAAUAAAAAUAGCACGUACGUUGGAGUUCUACUUUUUCCAGGAAUGACCAAUGUGGACCAUGAUGGAUACUUUUUCAAUAAAAAAGUGCUUGGAAUUGAAAUGGGAGCAAACAUACUCAAAUAUUUGCUAAGCAUCAACAUUCACUUCAACAAUGUGAACCUGAGUGGCACAAACAUGUCUUGCAUGUCAUGGGAUGGUAAAGGGGAUGAUCAAAUCUGGAGCACAAAUAACUGCAGAACAAACCAGGUUAAUGGCAGCAUCACCUGCCAAUGCUCCCAUCAAGCAUUUUUUGCAAUUGGCAUGACAGUUACACUUAAGAAGAUGGAUACUUUUUCGUGGAUCAUACCAGAGAUAAGCCUUAAUGGCACCUUAAGUAGUCCUUUGAACCCAGCGCAAGCAGUGACAAUAAUGAAGAAAUUAGACAUAUACUUUGCAGAGAUGAACCAAUCCAAGACGGCAAAAGUACAAAUAGCCAAUAUAACUGGAGUGAUUGCUAAGCUAGAAGAUAAUUCAACUGAAAUGAAAUUUGGUUUCAAGUCAAACGGAGAUAUUACAGGUGGUGAAAGCAACGGAAAUGAUAAUGGCGUUAUGACAGAAAUUCACCUUCCUCAGGAAGCCAUUGCAAUGGCAAUUAAAAACAAAAGAAAAUAUGUUGGAGUCCUCCGUUUUCCAGAAAUGCCUAUGAAUCAGAAUAACACAAAUGAACUUUAUAAUAAUGAAGUGAUUGGAAUUGAAAUGGGAGAAAACAUAAAAGAUCUGAAUCAAACCGUCAACAUCCACUACAGUAAUUUAAAAAAGGAUGGAUCUGAAGCUGUUUGUGUAUCAUGGGAUGGCACAAAUGAAACAGGGAACCAUACAGACUGGAUCAUUGAGGGUUGUAAAACAAAGAUCAAUAAUGGAAUCACAUGUGAAUGCAGUCAUCUCACAUUCUUUACCUAUCGGAUGAAACGUUCAACUGCCAAAAGUACCGAUUCAAACAAAGAGGAAGAAAAAACAUCAGGAAAAACACCUGAAAAAACCCUAUCCUUUCCAGCUCCAGCCAAUCCACUGAAUUCAGAUGAAGCAGCAAAUUUCAUGAAGAAUCUGAACUCCUUACUGGAACAGAUGGGAAAUGUCAGCACAGCAGCCAUUCAAAUGGGCGGCAUUUCUGGGGUCAUUUCUAAACUGCCACAACAAAACCAGACAAAGAUGGACUUUGGCUUCACCUCAGCUGGUGAUGUAAAGAUUCUCGAGGAAAGCAAUAACACUGGCUUUGCUCGGGCAGUUCACUUUCCAAAAGAAGCCAGUGAAAAGGCUGUAAAUAGAAAUGGAUCAUUUUCUGGAGUGCUGCUUUUUCCAGAUAUUCCUGAGCUUAACAAAACUAGUUACUUUUUCAACAAUGAAAUGAUGGGGAUUGAAAUGGGAGUAAACAUAUCUAACCUCUCUGAAACCAUUGACAUUCACUUCAGUAAUGUGAACACGACUGGAUUCAAUGUUUCUUGUGUAUCAUGGGAUGGGAGAAGUAAAGAUGGUGGUAUAGCCAAGUGGAUCACAGAUGGCUGCCUAACAAAUGAGGAAAACGGCAGCAUCACAUGCCAGUGCUCUCAUCUUACAUUUUUUGCCAUUCUCAUGUCAGGUACCGAGAAGAUCAGCUCCUCUGACUUAAAAGCCCUGACCCAAAUCACAAAAGCUGGCUGUGGUAUAUCCUUGUUCUUCCUGGGUGUGGCUCUCUUCAUGCAUUUUCUGACAAGGAAAACUAAAGCCAGCCAAGCCAUAAAGAUCCUCAUGAAUCUUUUCAUAGCCCUUUUUCUCCUGAACCUUUGCUUCUUGGUAAAUGAGUCAAUUGCUAAACUGAAGAUCUUAGCAGCAUGCGUGGCGAUGGCAUCAGUUCUGCACUACAGUAUGCUGGCCACAUUCACAUGGUUUUUCAUGCAGGCUUUGCAUUUGUACUUCUACGUGUUCAGAAUCCCUACAGACACCAAAUAUUACAUGUACAAGAUUUGCAUCACAGGAUGGGUUAUUCCAGUUGUGGUGGUUGUCGGACUUCUUGCUUCAAGCAAAUAUGGUUACAUUGACAUUUCUGAUGACAAUGGAACAUCAGUAACUAUGUGCUGGAUUCCUGAUUCUGCAAUCUACUUAAGUGUAAACAUUGGUUAUUAUGGCAUUGUGUUCAUCUUCACUUUACCCAUAUUUGUGGCAACCAUAGUGCAGAUCAAACAGUUUGUACCUAAAGAAGCAAAAGCCCAGGAAUCUACCAAGAAAAGGUUGUUCUCUCUUCUUGGUCUUUUCUGCCUUUUGGGCAUCACCUGGGGAUUCGCUUUUUUUAGCUACGGCCCUCUGCUCCUUCCCUCCUACUACAUCUUCACCAUCCUUAACUCCUUUCAAGGAUUCUUCCUGUUUGUUUACUACUACUUCUCCAGCAAGGAUCCUUCCAGAGGACAGCAAGCAAACCAAGAGCAGUAACCUUGCCACACAGAAUGUGUACACAUCUCCUUAUGGAUAAGUUACACGUUAUUUCCUCCCUUUCUCCUAUUUGCUUUCACCAAAAAUAACUUUCAUUUACCUAUGUUCAAUAACUAUAGUGAGCUGACAACUUGGACAGUACAUGUAUUUAAUCAUAUUCCCAAAUGAACUUCUAAGUCUUUGCUUGUGGAGCUUUAUUACCAAGGCACCAUUUCAAUGUCUGAUAUAAGAGACACCAUGUUCGGAAGUUGUACGGACAUCAGAGGACAGCGUUUCAUUUCUGAGGUUGCUAAAAUGGUCUAAAGAGUUUUCUCUCUCUGUCAGACUCUUUGCAAAAAGUAAAAAUAGCGACUGUUUCCUGUAAGGCAGUUCUUAGUCGCUUCUGAGAUUAAAUUAGGGUUUUCUUCCUUUGGAUACACUCCUGGAAGUUGUCAGUUUGGAAGAUUCCAUGAUUCACAAAAAGCCCUAUUUUAUAUUGUACGUGAAACCUCAAAGCUUCAGUGGAAUGCAAAGUGUGACUGAUCAGUAUGUUAAAUGUGACCCUUUUACAACUGGCUGAAAGAUGCUAGGAUGCAAAGAGGGAAUCAAGCUGAAGGUGUGUGCACAGUGUCAUUGACCAACCUCAAAUCAGUUAGUUUGUUGCAUGACUGCAAAUAAUUAACUUGAGCUGAAAGACAAGAAAUUCCUCACCAUUACCUGCAGUAUAGCUAAGAGAAUGUUACAUACUUAAAGUUAUUCUCCAAAAUGCAACUGCUUAUUUAUUCAGAUUUUACUGAUAGUAAGUAACAUGUUCACAUUUAAAAUAGGACUCUGGUUUUAUGAAACAAAAACAUUAGUAAUGGGUACAGUGCCUUGUAAAAGUAUCCUUACCCCUUGAACUCCUCUACAUUUGUCACAUUACAACUACAAACUUCAAAAAAGGUUUGUCAAGCAGCAAGAGUAUCUACAUAUUUACAUAUAAACAAUAUACAUUGUAUAUUUUUAAUACUAUUAUAUUAAAAACAGACAAAGAAAAAGUGGCACAAACUGAUGAUAUUUAGUUUUUUGAUAAGCAAAUCUCUUAACAAUGUAAGUCUGAAAAGUGUGGCAUGCAUUUCAGACUUGCAUCACAGGAUGGGGUAAGAGAAAUACACAUAAAACUUUAAUUGGUUUGUCUGUAGAUUAUUAUAACUAAAAGACAUGUGGCCUCUUUUACUCUGAAGAUCUCUACUAAGAAUUUUCUCCUGGCUCUCAUUGGUUGUCUGGGAGAAGGUGGAAGAGUCUGAUUUUUAAUAACAAUGUGAUGACAGUUUUAACAAAUAUGUAAAAAAAAAAAAAAAAAACAUUUUUUGUAAAAUUACACAUUCCUGUUUUAACACCAAAGUGUAAGUAAAAACAUCUAUCAUCUAACUAUAAAUUCAGCUAGACAAAUUAGAUUAUGGCCAUGUAUUAGAUGUAUUUAUUUCUGCUUGUGGGUUGGUUAUUAUCUUUGCAGUCUCACAGGCUAAGCUGUAAAAAUCCAUUGAGGAUCUUUAAAUGGGCUAAGUCACCCACCAAUAUAUGGUCAAAAGAAGCGUAGUUUAAUUAACUUUGAUCAUGUCACUAAAUAUUUAAAAUAGUUGAAAUACAAAGACCAUAAAAAACCAAAACAGCACUAGACAUUAUAAUAUUCAGUCUGAGACAAAUAUUGAAUCUUACUUGUAGCUGCAGCUCUCAAAUUUUCACCAGGAGGCACCAUUGGCACAUUUUUCACACUUCAGGUUCAUGCAAAGCUCAUGUUAGGUAAUCCUCUCCCUCUGGCAGCACUUUCUGUUUGCAGACUCAGUAGCCCUGAGGGAGAAAACCCAUUUUACAUUGGUGUUACCUUAUGUAUGUAAACACCUACUAAUGAGUUUAUAUGGUUGCUGAAAGACUUCUUAUAUUACAAAAGAUUAAACAGCGCUGUAAAAUUACUAGACAAUUUUAACAAAAUACACCAGUCUUGAUUCAAAUAUUCAUUGGUUUUAA